GCUGUGGAUCCACGUUACUGUCAAGACACGGAUCCUGAGAGAUACAGUAAUUGAAUAGCGACAACUGCUAGCUAUUGGGCACGUGUCCGGACACCUCACCGUGGUCCGUGGCCACCCUCUACUCCUCUAGGCGCCCUCCCACGUCCGCAUCCGCACGCGUCAUGGCCACAGGCAGGCAACCCUGCCCAGUGGAUGGAUCCAUGGCGCCGCCGCUCUCUAUAAAAGCUCCCUGAUCCAAAGCCCACAAGGCAGCAGCAGCAGCAAUUAAACUUGGUCUGGAUCGUCCCGGCAGAUAGCCAAUAAAAAUCAAGUCUGAAGAGAAGAUCAGAUGGAGUCGGGGAAGGAGGCGGCGGCGAACGCGGGGGCUUCGGCGCGCGCGCGGGUGGAGAAGGCGCGGGCGGCGGUGCAGGGGCAGGUGGACAAGGCGGCGGCGUACACGUCGGGCCACCGGGAAGCCGCCGAGGUCAACUGGGAGGCGGCCGAGGUGAAGAAGCAGCAGCGGGUGCGCGCCGCCGAGGAGGAGAAGCAGCGAGCCCUAAGGGACAACGCCAAGGACCACCGCGGCGGCGCCGGCUCCGGCGGAGGGACGGACAAGAGUCCGCCGACGGAGGGCGCGCACGGCGACGCCGAGGAGUGAGGCCCGCGCGGCGCCGGAGCCCGGAGAAAGGCCCGUGUGUAUCAGUAAUUCGGGCUCGAAAUAUCCGAAACCAUAUCCUUUUGAUGUUUUUCUGCUGCUCGAGCGGUGGAUCGAGUUACUUGUGGAUUGUGUGAUUCGUCAGUCAGAUUGUGUAACUGAAAGCUGUGUGCAAAUUACUCUAUUACGUAGAUACAUUCAUAUUUGGGAAAAAAAAAUUGGAAGCGGGCUACUUCCUCUGAUGAGCGCACAGACAGACGAGCCCCUUGGCCUCUUGGAGAUAUAUGAAGAGGGUGCAGAUUGGUGUUGUAUUGUUGUGACUGGUGUUGGUGUUUUGCUGUAACCGAGCCGUAUAUAAAAACUGGGCGAAUAGAGGGCGCAAAUCCAAAA